AUGUCUGCAAAGGUUUUAUUGACAGGUGCUUCAGGUUUUAUUGCGCUGCAUGUUUUAGAUCAGCUGCUAGCUGCUGGUUAUGAAGUCGUUGGUACAGUUCGUUCUGAAGAAAAAGCUGAGCCAAUUAAGAAGGAAUUGGCUAAGGAACACCCAAAUGGUAAGUACCAAUUCGAAGUCGUUGUUGAUAUCGCAGCUCCAAACGCUUUCGAUGCUGUUUUCCAAAAGCACACUGACUUGAAAUACGUCCUGCACACUGCUUCUCCAUUCUCGUUUGGUUUGACAAAGAGCAACGAAGAAAACUACUUGAUUCCGGCCACUCACGGUACCAAGUCUGUCCUUGAGUCUAUUCAAAAAUACGGUAAGAACGUCGAACAUGUAAUUGUUACAUCUUCCUAUGCAGCUAUCAUGCGCUUAGAUCAUGCCGGUGACCCAAAUUUCAUUCAUGAUGAAACUUCUUGGAAUCCUAUCACCUGGGAAGAAGCUCGUGAAAACUCCGUUACUGCAUACAUUGCUUCUAAGAAAUAUGCCGAAAAGUUGGCCUGGGAUUUUGUAAAGGACAACAAUUCUACAUUCAAUUUGACUACAGUGAACCCUCCAUACGUUUUCGGUCCACAAAAAUUCACUUUCGGUUUGGCUAAGUCUUCCUUGAAUACCUCUGCUGAUAUCGUUAAUCAAGCCUUGAAGACAACUCCAGAAUAUGAAGGCCCAUUUAACCAGCCAGCUGGUCUUGCUUGUGAUGUCCGUGAUGUCGCCAAGUUACAUGUCUUGCCAUUGGGUAAGAAAGAAUUCAAUGGUCAAAGACUAUUCCCGGUCAGUGACACUGGAUAUGGAAUUGAGGAAUACGAAAAAGGUAAGUUCAACUUCGAAAAGAUCCUACGUAUUUUGAACGAAAAGUUGCCUGAAUUGAAGGGUAAGAUUUCUCCAGGCGGCAUCAAGGAUAAUGAAGCUGAAUUAGCGAAAUUGGACUACUACAGAAACAAGACUACAACAGAUUUGACUAAGCUAACGUUCUACAAGUUUGAAGAUACUGUCUAUGAUGCCACAAAGCAAAUCUUAGAUUACGAAGCCUCUCAAAAGUAA